AUGACUGACCAGAGUGAGUAUGCGCGGGUCGAUUAGGCCGUGUGGCGCGACACCGGACCAUUCAUGCACCCACUCGAACCUCCGCAGUGGUGGUGCUGGCCGCCCGAGACGCGCCAACGUGGCUGACAUGGAAUCUCUCGCUCUUCCCUAGUCGAGCAAGAGAAAGGCUCUAGCCGUUCGACGGCCUCUUCCGCAUCCCCACCAUCCUUCAACACUGGGUCUGGCUACCAUGCGCCUGCGCCAGGAAAGGAUAGCGCAUGGGGCGCUGCUGGGUCUCUGGACGGGUCUGCAUCCAGCGCUCUCGAUGCCCUGCUCUAUCCGGCCGACUGCUACAAUGCAGACAAGGUGUACUGGGCUUCGCUGCCAUGGGCACAAAAGUCGGCCUUUGUCAACGAAGUCUCGAACAAGGAGGCCAAGAGGGAGCUUUCAGAGAUCGGACGCAUGUUCAAGGCCGACCCUCUGAGUCCUAUCCGAGCAUACUUUUCCAACUACGUCAUCACCGGUAUGGGUCUAUUCGUCGAAGGUUGGGUGCUUUUCAGCGUCGGGAAUCUUCAACCGCUGUUCAAGGCUGUGUGGCCUGAGUGCUUCAGCAAGCAUCAAGUGUGCAACAAGUACUGGACCAGCGCCAUCGAACCCUUGGAAAUUGCCGGUAUCAUCAUUGGUCAGAUCUGCGUCGGUGUAGAGGGCGAUUGGAUCAGCCGCAAGUUCGGAAUGGUGCAAGAUGCCGUCGUCCUCACCAUCUUUUCCAUCGGUCUCACCGCCAUGUGGGGUACGACGCUCAACGGAUGGGUCAUCUGCUGGGCUAUUCUUCUCUUCUUUUACGGCUUUGGUGUAGGCGGUGAAUACCCCGUCACUGCUACCCGCGCUAUGGAAGCUAGCUCUGGCCGCGGUGCUGGUGCGGCAGAUCGCAUGCACAGAGGCAGAAAGACAGCUCUGGCCUUUACCAUGCAAGGAUGGGGUCAAUUCGUCAACCAGACGCUUUUGAUUCUCCUUCUACUCGUCUUCCACCACGGCUCUCUGGAACCACCGUUCAGCAAGGCUUCUGCGCAGUGGACUUUCAGGGUACAGUUUGCCAUCGUCACCGUGCCUACCCUGUGGCUUGCAUACCACCGCUACUACAAGAUGGACUUUACUCAGGACAAGCGUCUUGCCGAGGCAAAGAAGAAAGCGGGCGACAAGAGCGGAACGUCUGGCUAUUCGGCCGCUUCGCUGAAGCUGGCAUGGAACCACUACUGGCACCGCAUCGUCGGCACGGCCAUUGUAUGGCUUGCCAACGACGUUGCGUUCUACGGUAGCAAGCUCUUCUCGGGUGUCUUUAUCGGCCUGAUCACCGGCAGUCCCAGCAACCUCAAGCUGACAUGGCUCUACUCGCUGCUCAACAUUGGCGUAUCUCUAGUCGGCUACUACCUCGCCGCUCUGGUCAUCGACCACAGGAUGUAUGGCCGCAAGUGGAUGCAAGCAAAUGGUCUGGCUAUGCUCUUCAUCAUCUUCACCGUCUGCGCUGCGGCAUAUCCCCAGCUCACUACGCCAGGUGCUGGUCUCAAGGCUUUCCAGGCCAUCUAUCUCCUCAGCGGCUUCUUUACUCAGUUUGGCCCUAACACUACCUCUUUCUUGCUCGCUGCUGAAGUCGUGAGUGUGUUUGCUGCUGACUUGGACUGCAAUGCACCUCGUUCUGACCGCGGAAAUCGUGGCCGAUUCCAUGCAGUACCCGACCAUGGUCCGAUCGACUGCGCACGGUGUUUCAGCUGCGUCGGGCAAGCUUGGAGCUAUGAUCCCCGCAGUGGCGUACUCCUACAUCGACAGCAACCCAGCCAAGUUCAUCAUCGUCGCAGCCUUCUCCUUGGCUGCAUGGAUCCUCACCAUGGUGUUCAUCCCAGACACCACUGGGUUGGCGCUGGACGAGCAAGACCGAUACUGGUCCUUUGUGCUCGCUGGCAAGGCGCACGAGUACCACGGUGUUGCCGUGCAUCCUCGCCAUUUGUCGCUUUACGAGCGCGUGGUGCUGAAGCGACACCUAGCGUACGAUGCGGAGCUGGACGCUCAGCAAAAGAUCCACGAAAUGAGAAGAGUGUUUGAGAGCACGCAAAAGGAGGGCGAGGAUGACUUGUCUGUGCAGCAGCAGGACUUUUUGGCAAACACCAACGGAUCGGGCCUGCAGCAGUACUUCCUGAGCGAGCGGAAGCUCAAUCCCCAACCCAGCCCUGAGCAGGAUCAGAUCGUCGCUAGCCAGCAUCGUCAUCCUCAGCAUCAGUCCAAGCUCGCCGAACUCGAAGGCAAGCUGAGAUGA